CACUGCGAUUAUUUUAUUGCCCUUAUGAUAAUUUAAGUAUAAUUUUUCGCGGUAUUUAAUGCAUUUUUUUUCCCUGUCUUAGGAACUUCGGUGACUGAGGCAGUUAGAAUGUUAAGACGGAGUGGUCGUGUGACACUGCAACAGAAGGAUGGAAACAACGUGGUGCUCAAAGUAAAAGUGGCCAAAAGAAGGAAAGCAGGGAAGGGUGGCAGAAAGAAAGUUCAGCUUUCCAAGAAAAAGCAGAGUUACGAGAUCCAGAACCUGUGGUCUGAAGAAGGGGCUGGCCCUUGCAUCCUAAUGGAGACCCCAUACAAAGAAGUGAAGUCAACAAAUGACCUGUCAGGGUUCAAACAGUUUAGGUUCAAGAACCUGUUUGUGAAGCCCUCACCUCUUCCCUGUGUCAGCUGGGCCAGCUCUGAUGAUGUGUGGAUUAAGAUGCUGAACAAAGAACUGAAGUAUGUCCAUGACAGUGGGUUCAUGGAACAGCAUCCCAGUCUGCAGCCAAGCAUGAGGUCUAUUCUCCUUGAUUGGCUUAUGGAGGUGAGUGAAGUGUAUACCCUCCAUCGAGAGACCUUCUACCUGGCACAGGACUUUUUUGACCGGUUCAUGAUGACGCAGAAAGACGUCCAGAAGAACCGACUCCAGCUCAUUGGAAUCACAUGCCUCUUCAUCGCUUCAAAGAUUGAGGAAAUUUACCCUCCGAAGCUGCAUGAGUUUGCUUAUGUCACGGAUGGGGCAUGCGAUGAAGAGGAAAUACUGGAGAUGGAGCUCAUUGUGUUGAAGGAAUUGAACUGGGAUCUCUGUCCUGAGACGGUCAUUUCAUGGCUGAAGUUGUACAUUCAGGUGGCUUCCUUGAAAGAUGAUGACAAUCUUCUAGUACCUCAGUUUUCUCAGGAAACAUUCAUACAGGUCACACAGCUUUUAGAUCUUUGCAUACUGGACAUAAAUUCCCUGAAGUUCCAGUAUGGCAUAUUGGCAGCUGCUGCAUUUUGUCACUUUACCUCAUUUGAAGAUGUUAAUAAAGUUUCAGGUUUGAGUUGGGACAGUAUGGUGGACUGUGCAACCUGGAUGCUCCCAUUUCUGCGAACCACUCGGGAACGUGCGCGUGUACAGCUGAAGGACUUCAAAAAGGUGGCCCCAGAAGACCGACACAACAUCCAAACCCACGCAGACUACCUGGCCAUGCUGAAUAAUGCUCACCACAAACAGCAGGAAAGUGAGGCCCAGCUGUCACCUCUGCCUGUUGGUGGAAUUCUGACUCCACCUAAAAGUACAGAGAAGACCACCAUUCACUGAGCCUGGAGUUUUUACAGGGAGACCAUCUUACUUGAGCAGGGUGGCCUUUGUGGCUCCCCCUGCUUGAGAACAGUUAUUCCAGCAGCUUCUGUUCUGAAGGCAGCUAUUUUAAUUUUUUUAAUUGAAAGUGGGAAGAUUUUAAC